AUGGCCCGUCGCUCCAAUGCUAACAUCGAGAUCAAGAGGAAAGUAAGGCUCGUCACCGAGCAGAACGUCAUCGACAAGCCGUCCCCCGUCGAGGAUUUUCCCAUGAGAAAAUGGUCGAUCAACGUCUACAUCAUUGGCGAGGAUGGUGAGGAGCACCCGGCCGACUGCUUCCUCAAGGUCGUCUACAACCUUCACCCUUCCUUCGACAACCCGACCCAAACCUUCAACAAGCCCCCUUUCCGAUGUGAAAACGAGGGAUGGGGUGAGUUCGACAUGACGAUCGAUUGCUACAUCACCGAAAAGUCAAAGCAGUCCCUCAGCCACGACCUCAACUUCGCAAAGAACCGCUACGAGGCCGAGCACACCGUUUCAUUCAAGAACCCUUCCCAGGCUCUGCAGCAAAUCCUGCGUGAGACCGGUCCCUUGCCAUCAGACGAUGACCGCCUCAAGAAGAAGGGUGGUGCCGGCAAGAAGGGCGCCCAGAAGUACGAUUACGAAAAGAUUGCCCAGGCACUUGAGAAGCUGGACGAGGAUGACCUGCUCCGCGUCAUUCAGAUUAUCAAUGAUAACAAGACAGCGGAGACAUACAUCAAGAGUGAUGUCGAUGCGGGAGAGUUUUCCAUUGAUCUGUAUACGAUGUCGGAUCAGAUGACCAAGCUCCUGUGGGACUACUUGGUGAGUCAAAAAUAUGUCCGGGUCUAG